AUGUCCGAUGAAGGCCUGGUGUUAGGGCGGGACCUAGAGGUCCAGCUGGAGGUACGGCUGGUGUCUGACUCUGGUCUCCUGUUGCAUGCUGGGUCUGGACAACAGCUCAGUCUCUACCUCAACCAGGGAGAGGUGACAGUCACAGUGAACAGUGGUCGCGGAAACUUCUUCUCCACCUCUUUCACACCAGAGGAAUCCCUGUGUGACGGACGCUGGCACAGUAUCACAGUCAUGAAGAAGAGCAACGUGCUGCAGCUCCAUGUGGAUGCAGCCAGUGAACACAGUGUGGGGCCCAAGAAGGGCCGAUCCUCCGGGGCCAAGGAGACUGUGUAUCUGGGGGGAGCACCAGAUGACGUUGAUGUGCCGGGCCUCCCCGCUGCCCUGCCCUCCUUCCAUGGUUGUGUUCGGAGAGCAGUCCUGAACCAGCGACCAGCCGUGCUGUCUAAACCCCUGUUAGUACACGGAGCUGUGGGCACACAGGGCUGUCCAGCCAUGUAGACCUCUUUUAACCCUGUUACACCUGGUUUAGCCCUGUUACCCCGGUUUAGCCCUGUUCCCCCUGGUUUAGCCCUGUUACCCCCGGUUUAGCCCUGUUCCCCCCGGUUUAGCCCUGUUACCCCCGGUUUAGCCCUGUUCCCCCCGGUUUAGCCCUGUUACCCCCGGUUUAGCCCUGUUCCCCCCGGUUUAGCCCUGUUACCCCCGGUUUAGCCCUGUUCCCCCCGGUUUAGCCCUGU